CAGGUUUAAGCGGGCUUCUCGUAGGAAUUCUUGUCUCUGAAUUCUGAAAUGGCAGCUCGUAUCGUACCACCAGAAUCGGGCUGCACGAGCAGAUGCGUGUCGUCCAGAACAUGAAUGAUGAACUUCUGCGACGGGGGCUUUGAAGCAUUCAGGUUGACGAUGAAUUGUGCCAUUGGUAUGUCACUGUGAACAUAGAUGCCAAAACAACAAAGACGAGAGGACACAAGAAACCAGUCACUGGUGGCAAUGAAAGGGAAACCUGAACAGAAACUGUGGCAUGGAAACCUAAUGAUUGCUCUAUCGUUGUUCUUCACAUGCUACACAUACGCAAUCAAAAGGCCUGUCAUAUUGCACUGGUUCAUCACACAUUUUUAGCACCAUGGGUGACAGAUGCAUCAUUUAACUCUUCCCAAGCAGGUAAAGGAAUCCAGAAGGAACACAUUCUAAGCCAUUUGUAUUCACACAAAUUUCAUUCACAAGCCAUCAAUUAUGGGUGCUUGUACUAAUAAAGCAAUCAGCUUUCCACCCCCAAAGCAAAAUUGUACACAUCACUAGAGUAAUAUUCGGUUUAGAAAUAGAAGUGAACAACAAACUCACCAGGCAAUGAACAAUCCUUUGGUGGCAUUCGCCAUCUUGAAUCAGAGUAACAACAGCAAGCUCAAGGUCAUCACCAUUUAUCAGAAGCUCGACAAAACCCCAAAUGGAACGCUAAAUCCAAACAUGAUCUAUCCUAUUAGGCUCAGGAUCCAACAGAUCCCAGUUAGCAGAAGCAGACUUACUCGAAUCAAACUGCAACAAAGGAAGAAGUUACCAAGCUCUGCUCUUCUCUGCCGGCUGCCACUGUUGCCGAUUGAAAGAAAAGAAGGAAAGGGGGUGAGAUUUCUCUCCGUCAGCUGCAUACGAAUCCAGAUGGGCGGGUUCAACUUCUUGGGCCGAAUCUCCAUCGGCCCACUUGAUGCGGCCCACAGUAUCCAGGUCUUGUUCGCAGAGAAUUUUCUUUUCGUCUUCGAUCGUUCGUUUGUUUCCUGCCGCGACCAGUUUUCCAUGGCGAUUGAUUAUUACGAAUAAAAAUGAAAAAACAAAAGAGAAAAUGGAACGAAAAGGGAAUUGCUGAUACGCAAAGAGGGCUGGGCAGGGAAAGGCAGGCGGAGAUAGAUAAAAAGGCUGGAAGCUAAAUCUUCCCCGCUGCAAAAUCCAUUCAUUCGUCACAGUCCCCUUGUCAAAAUUGAGUAUUUGCCUCUUCGUCACUUACCGUAAAGCUUUUGUUUAAGGUCCCGUGGUCUCCCGCGAUUGAAGUAAACCCUAGAGAUGAACUCAUCCGACUCGAAUUGGGUCGACAUCUCCGAGAUUUACCUGCGUUACUGUGCUAUUAGAGCAGGGAAUGCGUACCUGGAAGGCAGCAGUUGUCCGGACCAGGAUGAGCUACAGAAACUCAAAUGUUCCCGGGAUGAGUUAGCUGAGCUAUUAAAGGUUGUUCAGAAGAGAGUGCAGAAGGACCAAGGGUUUUCUAUUUUUGAUGAACUUCGCAAGCUCAUGUCAAAUUCAAGAUUGAUGAAGGAUGUCCGCGACUUUUCGUGCUUCUAUGAUUUUGUAUUCUUUAUCUCUCGCGAGAAUGGUCAAAAGAACAUUACUGUAAACAAGGCGGUUACUGCAUGGAGAUUGGUUUUGGCUGGGAGGUUUAGGUUGCUAAACCAAUGGUGUGACUUUGUAGAGAAAAAUCAGCGAUACAAUAUUUCGGAGGAUACAUGGCAGCAAGUUCUGGCUUUUAGUCGCUGUGUACAUGGAAAUUUUGAAGGCUAUGAUCCUGAAGGUGCUUGGCCUGUCCUUAUAGAUGAAUUUGUGGAGCAUAUGUACAGAACAUCUGGGUCUAAGAAUAAGUGCAACUGUAAAUCCUAUGAUAGCGGUGAGUUGGAAUCUCAUCCAUGUGCUUUUGAAGACCCUCUUCCCGGGUUGAAGGUAACUCCUGUUUUGAAGAGGAAGUUCGCCAACUUGGGAUUAGAUGAAGAAAUGGAGCUCUGUGAUUCGCCAGAACCGAAUCUUUCUUCAAAGUCGAAACGAAAUAGGCUAGUCUACCACCAGAAGAGUUUUAUGGUGGAUAAUCCGCCAGGUGGCGACUCAGCUGAUGAUGGCAUGGAAGUAACGAAACAGAAUAGUCCAGUUGGGUGUGCAGUUGAGAAUUGCUUGUCCAGAGGGAUUGCAGGGCUGUUUUCUGGGGGUUCAUAUUUGCAGCUGGAUAAAGAGAGGAGAGUUUCAUAUAUAUAGAGGUCUGGCCGAGCCAGAAAAUAGGCUUUGAAUCAAGAGGAAUCGGCCUGUACAUGCCAAUGUGGUAGUUCUAUAUCGAAGCUCGUGUUGGUAUUCUGUUUCUGGCAAUUGGAAUUAGGUAUUGACGGGUUGUUUUGCAAUGAUGGCAAGAUAGAUUGGAUUUGUGUCACUACAGAAUAAUGGAGCAGUUUUUGUAUAGGCCGCUUGCAUGCAUAGUUGUGGUGUGUAUAACAAUUUAAACUUAGAGCCAUUAAUAUUCUUUAGGCUGCAACUACGCACUAUGUGGCCUGGGUUACACUCAGAAGGUGAAGGUAUUCUAUGAUUGCUUGCCCUUUGUAAAAGGGGAAGAAAUAUGUGAGAUGGAAUUCGCUUGAUUAA